AUGGAUAUGAAGAAAGAACUACUUAUAGGCCUGAAAUCGACACCUAAAUACAUACCUGGAUGGUAUCGCUAUGACAAGGAAGGAUCGAGACUGAAUGACAUUUGCCUUGAGAAAAACCAAAACUACUACUUCAACAGGUGUGAGCUGAGUGUUUUGGAAACCCAUAUUUCGAAUAUGGUGACAGUUAACGCAGAGAACACCGCUUUAAUCGAUAUGGGGAGCGGAAACUGCCAGAAAACAAGAAUAUUUAUUAACGAAAUUUUGAGAAGUAAAAAUAAGAUCAGUUUCUAUCCCAUUGACAUCUCAAAAGAUGCCUUGUUAGAGACGUGCAAGCAGCUUUCUGAAGACUAUGAGGAAAGAUUAGACAUCAACCCUAUUGAUGCAGAUUACGAGACAGGAAUUACUAAACUUAAUAACUGUCCGCACUCGAAGUUAAUUCUUUGGUUUGGAAGUAUACAGAAUCUUCAGCCUGAUGAUCAAAUACGAAAACUGCAGUUGCUAAGAUCGGUGAUGAAAGAAAGAUGUUGUCUGAUCUUCAGUGUUGACACAACGCAGAACAGAGAGGACAUUAUGAAGGCCUACGAUGACUUCCAUGGUAGACAGUUCUUAAUGAACUUUAUUUGGCGACUGAUUCGGGAAGAGAGAUGUACUAUCGACCCAGACCAUUUCGACCUGGAGGUUCAACUAAUCAGAGAUGAUUCGCCAGAUAAGAUGAGCUCUGUCCAAGCACUAGUAAGAGCGAAGAAGACAAACUCUUUUAUAAUACCUACUUUGGGUGUCACCGUCAACAUGGUGGAGGGUGAACCGCUAUAUCUACACGACGGCCCAGGCCUCAGCCACAAAUACACUUCCCAGCAAGUACAAACACUGAUAGAGCGGGCAGGACUACAACUCGUGGACAAGUGGGUUGAUAAUGAUGGGCACGUGAUGUUUUGUAAAUGUAAAGUGUUGUGA